ACUGGGGAGCGGGCAUUUGGGGAUGUGAGGGCGUGAGAACUACAACUCCCAGCAUGCACAGCGAUGGGCGAGACAGUGCUGUGCGGCGGUGGGGAGCAAUGCAUGCCGGGAGUUGUAGUCCAGAUCUCAUUUGCGGUCCGCUGUGAAAGCUGUCCCACAACAUGGAUAAUCAAACCCUGCCACACGUCUUCCAAUAAAAUGGGGAAACCAAGUGGUGGGAAAUCAGCAAAAAAUGCUUUUAAAUCACAAAAUCAACAAGGGACUUCUAGCAAAAAAAAGAGAGCAGAUGAACAAGGAAAAAAGCAAGGUCAAAAAAGACAGGUCCCUCAGAAAGGCAAAAAGGGAGUUAAGGAACUGAAGGACCAUUCCCCUGCAGGAGAAAAUGGUUCUUCAAAAAAGGUGAAGCUGUCCAGUGCCACAAGAAGAUCUUGGCAGCCUCUCUCAGAGAGCAGUAGGCUGUUCCUGGAAAGUAUAGUGGAUUCAGUAGUACUAUCUGUUUUGUCCCAACAGAGGGAGGGAAAAGAUGAUGUUCAGAAGCACCUCAAUGUACUGAAAAACAAGGUGCUGAGAAGUUUCAAGACUUUAAAUGUACCUCCGGAGAAGCUGGGCAACCUGAAGAAUAUCCUGGGCCUUCAAAUGGCAGAGAAACAAAUGCUUGAGACAAAUGAGGAGUCUUUGGUACAACUGCAGGAAGAGAUAACUGAAGCAGUGCGAUCAGCGGAGCGCAUUGAGGAAAAUAUACAGCAGCUGCAGCACAAAAUCCAGGUGCUCAAGAACCAGUUACAGAAAGAUGAAAAAGAUGCCAGGAAGGUAUUCCAGGAAAGUGGCAGUGGAGAACUCCAGCUUCCAGAACUCCCCAAGCGCAGUUUGCAGGCACCCAUUUUGCAGGAGGAAAUUUUGAAGGUGAAGAAUCAGAAGGGCCUUUUAAAGGAUAUGAAUGCUAUUCAGCAGUCAGCUGACUUGAAGAACUUACUAACCCUUGUUGAAAAGACCUAUGAGAAGGUGGAUUUGCUUUGAGAAGCCAAAGUGUGUGGAAUCUCUGUUUGGAAUCUGCUUUCUUCCUAAUGGCCUUCUUGUUGUGACUGCUGCAUUUCUGUUAAAACAUUUUCUAUUAACGUUGGUAUAUAAAUGUGUAGAUACAUUUUGGGACUCAAGUGAUUUAAGUCAUCUUGUCAAGGUUUUUUGGGUUUUUUUAACCUGUGAUGACUUCUAAUGAUGACAUAUCCUGUCUUAGGAAAAGGGAGGAAAAUGGAUCCUGGGUUAUUUGGGGGUUUUUACUGAAUAAGGGAACUAUUCCUUUAUAUUUGCACUUCUUUAUCUCUGCAUCACUGAAGGUUGUCUUCUACAACAGUAGUUUUUAUUUGGGAGUUUAAACCUGAAACAGGUAGUAAAAAUAAACUUAUCUAAUACUCAGUUGUAAA